GCUUCUGUAUUCAGUCGCUGUUGUGGCAGAGAGCGGCACAGUCCUCCAACUGGCAGUCGUUGAACCUGCUCAUGCCGAACUUGGAGUCUUUAAACUGACCUUCCAACACAGUUCAUCCUUCAGCCUUUCUCACGCGAGCCCCUCUGCUGUCCACACAGGAGCCAAAGAAAGGCGAUCUGGUGAAUGAGAAUGCGGAGUCCGGUGACUGUUUCUUUUUAAUGGACUAGGAGAGCUGGGAUCAUGCGUUGCCUGGCUGCUCGGGUCAACUAUAAGACCCUCAUCGUGAUAUGUGCCCUCUUCACCCUCAUCACUGUUUUGCUGUGGAACCGAUGCUCCAGCAACAACUCUCUUCGCUUCCUGCCCCGUUCUGCUUUAGUGCUGCCAAGUCCCAAAGUUGGAGAUGCGAGCAUCAGCAGCCAACAGCACCCACCCCAACCACCAGAACCCCCACCCGUGGUUGGAAAUGUUGGGAGCAUCAAGUAUGAAGAAAUUGACUGCCUGAUUAACGACGAGUACACAGUGAAGGGUCGACGGGACAGUGGCGACAUCUACAUGCCCUUCAACUGGAUGGAGAAAUACUUUGAGGUGUAUGGAAAAGUUGUUCAGUAUGAUGGCUACGAUCGCUUUGAGUUCCAGCACAGCUACUCAAAGGUCUAUGCACAGAGAGAACCUUAUCAUCCCGAUGGUGUCUUCAUGUCAUUUGAAGGCUACAAUGUGGAAGUACGGGACCGUGUCAAGUGCAUCAGUGGGGUCGAAGGUGUUCCCCUCUCCACUCAGUGGGGCCCUCAAGGCUACUUCUACGCCAUCCAGAUCGCGCAGUACGGCUUAAGCCAUUACAGCAAGAAUCUGACCGAGCGACCGCCUCAUGUGACAGUGUAUGACACAGCAGAGGACAGAGAUAGCCGGGCCAGCACAGCACCGUGGAACCUGCCCAAAGGCUCCAGUCUCAGCCGAGUCUACGACAAGACCCGUCUCAGCUCAGUGCGUCAGUUUGGUGCACCUGAGUCCUCUGAAGGAGUCUCUCUUCAGCUAGACAACUCUAAAGACUUCAUCCUCAGCCUCGACAUCAAGUUCACCUCCAACGGCAGCGUGUCGGUCGUCCUGGAAACCACAGAGAAGGGUCCACCCUUCGUCAUCCACUAUGUCACCAGCACACAUCUCAUCGCUUUCAAGGAUCAUGACAUCACUUACGGCAUUGGCCCAAGGACCACCUGGAGCACCCUGACCCGGGAUCUGGUCACCGAUCUCAGGAAAGGUGUGGGACUGUCCAACACCAAAGCGGUAAAGGCCACCAAGAUCAUGCCCCGACGCGUGGUGCGGGUCGUCCUUCAUGGCCGUGGCUUCGUCGACAACGUCACCAUCUCCACGACCGCACACAUGGCAGCUUUUUUUGCCGCCAGCAGCUGGCUGGUGCGCAACCAGGACGAACAUGGCGGGUGGCCCAUCAUGGUCACCAGGAAAUUAGGCGAAGGCUUCCGCCCUCUGGAGCCGGGCUGGUACUCAGCCAUGGCCCAGGGCCAGGCCAUGUCCACUUUGGUACGAGCCUACCUCCUGACCAAGGACCAGGCCUACCUCAACGCUGCCCUGAAGGCAGUGGGACCUUACAAGGUGCCUUCAGCACAGCACGGGGUCAAGGCUGUGUUCAUGAACAAGUACGACUGGUACGAGGAGUACCCCACCACGCCCAGCUCCUUUGUCCUCAACGGCUUCAUCUACUCCCUGCUGGGACUCCACGACUUGACUGAGACGGCAGGGGAGAAGGUGGGAAGAGAAGCCGGCCAGCUGCUCAGCCGCGGCAUGGAGUCACUCAAAGCUAUGCUGCCGCUCUUUGACACGGGAUCGGGGAGCAUCUACGACCUGCGCCACUUCAUGUUGGGCACUUCCCCCAACUUGGCCCGCUGGGACUACCACACCACGCACAUCAACCAGCUCCAGCUGCUGGCCUCCAUAGAUAAUGCUCCCAUCUUCAAGGACGUGGUGAAGCGUUGGAAGAGCUACUUAAAGGGCGGCCGUGCCAAGCACAACUAAGCCAACCAGGAAACACUUGAAUGUGUGUGAAUGUGGAGGCAGACGCCGGCUGGAGUCCCGACUUGGGUGGAGGUUUAACACAUUUCAGUAGCUGCAGCUCUCACUUUCUUCUUUGAGCCGAUACAGGUUUUCUAUUUUAUGCCACAGUGACUGUAGCCCUCCUCUCUCUUUUUUUGGAGCCAGUGUUUGUAAUUAUGCACAGACCUACUUUCAAAGUGUGUCUGCCGGCGUGCGUGCGUGCGUGCGUGCGAGCGAGUGUGCGUGUGUUGGAGUGCACCUUUGUUAAACUGCUUGAAUUGAACAGAGUCAAGGUUGAGAUAUUCUGCACCUCAGUCCUACCUGAGCCGUAUUUCCAAGAUAAUUCCCUCUCAUAAGCCACUGUAGAUAAUUCAGUAUACUGUGUAACGUGUCUGACAUCCCUGGGGUGAGGAUGUCACGCAAUCCAUAAUGAUGAAAAUUGACCAUAAUUCAUAUGAGUAAGUAACGUGUGUGUAUAAUGUGGUAGAAAACAAAAUUUAGGACUUGAAAGAGGAUUUCAUUUUUCCUGGUUAAAAGAAUCUCUACAAGCUGUUGCAUGAACACACUGUCUUCAUGUAUCGUCUCAGUGCUGGAUGGUGAUUAGAAGUAUGGAUGUAAAUAUUUUCAUAUUUGAAAUGAAAAUAUAGUGGUGCGUUGGUGAACUAAAAUUGGAUGUUAUUUGAGCAUAAAAUUCCAUCAGGUGCAUUGUUUCACGUUUUCAGAUGUUCCUGACCUGUUAUUGUGAUCAGUUGAAACCCCACAUCAGUCGUCCUCCCAGAAGCUCUUUUCCUUCACGCACGGAUAUUCGAUUUUGUCACACGCUCAUGUAGGUGGCGCAGUUAUUCAUGCAGCGCUGCAUGUGGGCAGCAGAUGCACCACUUCCUCUCCCCGCUGUGUCGGUUUAACAUCUAAAUGGAAGAAGUCAGGAGCGCUGGAGCCCGAGGUAAAUUCUUGACAAACGUCGGUCGGUCCCUGCAGGGCUUCCAGAGCCUCCUCUUCAGUGUCGUAGGCGCGUGAAGGUUUCCAAUCUGUCAAGUGAAAUAAGCAGAAGCUCAGUCUGUCGCUGACAUUUCAACCAAUAACCAAGUAAUGUUCUUAACACACACAAACACCACUUCAAGAGUUGGCUCUUGUAUUGGCUCUUUCUUUAAAUACAGUUCUUAUGUGCUGUCUUUCAUUUUCCCUUCAAUUUAUCGUCCACGCACCUUCCACACUCACUCACACGCUCGCUCCCUCGCUCCCUCAUGUCGUUGUUUUGUGUGAACUUUGGAUUCCGCUGAUAUUGACAGUCACUUCAGAAUCUUAAAGUUCAGCUUCUUCCACGCUUGACGUUUAAGAUCAUACAAGCGUGUUGCUGGAUCGUCUACACUACAUGCAUUACCACUGUUUACUUCCUGCUGUUGACAAGCUCAACACCAAGCCUCUAUACCUAGCUAACUUGGUGCGUGGGCACCUUUGUAUCUGCAUGUGUGGGAUCAAAGGUAAAGAAUUGAAUGACUCAACGGCAGAAGCUUCCAUGAAUGUAGUGGUAAUUGGAUUUAAACAGGUUUUCUAGUUGCCUCACGCUGUCAAAUGUAGCCAAAAGGUCCACACAAGGACUGAUCAGUCGUAGUUUUUAGGCAGUUCUUUUACACGCAUAAUGUAGUUCUGCUGAGUAUUUUAUUUCUUAAUUCAUUUGUUUCUCAAGGAACUCAAGUCUACAUUUUUAACUGUUCUCUGUCUGUGUGUAUAUAUAUAUAUAUAUAUAUAUAUAUAUAUAUAUAUAUAUAUAUAUACACGCACACACACACACACACACACACACGGUGUGUAUUUUUGAGCUGAAUGAUCAUGUUCUUUAGGCAGUUACAGUUCUCUCGACAUGGACAUAUAUCAACACUGCCUUUUUUAAGAACCUUAAGUGGUCAAAAUGGAUCACAGAAUUAUUAUUGAUAUGAUGUAUAAAGGUUACAUAUGAUGGGGGGAUGCGUGCAACUCUUCCAAAAAGGCCGCUUCCAUGUUUUCGUAUGAUUUUGCAAACCACGUUUGUUUGUGUGUAUUUUUGCUUGACCGUCUAAAGCACAACUUUGUGUCAUUAUUUGGCUACCCCGUAUUCAGAACUGCUGCUGUCGUUCACUGUGUCAUUGUUUCAGUCCUGUUUUUCGUUUCCUAUAUUUCAUUUAGACAUUCAGAUGCGACCCACAAGGUCAAAUGUGAUUUAUGCAAUAAGAUGUUUAUGGGAGUGGAGCCCUGAGGAUGAUGUACAGACUUAAGAUUCAAGCACAAUGUGCAAAUAUUUCAUUUUUUAAGUACAAAAUAGAGCUUGGUUUAUAUACAGAGUCUGACUUUGUGCUUUAAAAGAUGCAAAAAAAAUAAAAGUCAU